AUGACGACAGCCGUCGAAAUUGCGGGCGAUAAAUCGUUCGAUGCCCUUUCUAUCGACCCUAGCGCUUUAAAGGAAAUCCCAGAGCUCUCGGAAAUUGUUACGACGUUCUUGAAUGGCGACUACAAGGCGAUCCUGCGAAAUCCGACCUCUCAGGCCCUAUUUGAGAAGCUCGCAAAAAGUGUCGAGCACUCCAGCACCGACGAAGGGCAGAAAGCUGCUGCUUGGGAGGAUGAUUCCAUCGGCAGUGCUUCCGCCAGCCUUGUCCUCAUUUCAGGACUGGCAGCAUUUAAUGCUUUUCUCCAGGCCAAUGUCACGGGACCGCCGUUGGAUUUGCGGGACGUCCUUCAGAGUGGCUCGUCCACUUUUAGAGAUCACUGUUUGAGAAGCUUAGAUGUCGAUGGUGUUUCCGUGUACCAACACAUUCCUCACGUAGAGCUGUUCUGCCUUGCUCGGAUGGUUUUUACGGCGUAUUUUCCAAGGAUUAUUGAAGGAAGUUCUACCGAUUGCAAAUGGAUGCGUAUCCGAGUCAAUGCCUAUCAUCAGAGAUUGCUGUCGGGAGCGUCCGUCGGGAAGUUGAUGGAUACGACUAGCCUCCAAAAUGCGAUUGAGAAAGACCUGAAAGACCUGGAGAAGGAAAUAUUGGCACCUGGCUCUUCAUUUUCGACCGAGGCUAAAGUCCAGUUCUUGCUCGAAAAGGCUCAAAUUCAUAUUAUGCAAGGACUGGAUCUCAAGGCCCAAGAUGACCUCAAGAUGGCUAAAACAGAAUCUGGAUUUAGCUACGCGUUAUCGGGAGCGCUGGGAAAGAGGACAAAGUUCCAGCAAAAGGAUAUUUCGCAGCUAGUUGUCUUUGCAAAAAGUCGGGAAUCUGAUGACAGCAAGGCAGAACCCCAAUCUACAGAUGCCCCAAUAGAGAGUGGUACAUCCAAGGACGAUCAAGAUUUGAACAGCACUGUGCCUGAAGCAUUGCAGUUGAACGAUGAUACCCUGCUAGAGUCUAUUGAAUUUUCAAAGCCUACAUCGGACCAAGUGGAUAUUUCGUCUUUACCUCCAGCUCUUGCCGGGAUGCAGCCAGAUCAACAACCUCAACUCAACCCUCUGGACCAAAUAACUCUGCUCACGGAGGCUACUCUCAAAGACGCGUUGACGCCUUUUGACAAGCUCAAUAGCGAGGAGAUUCUUCCCUAUGCUGUCCGUGUGCUUUCGGACAAGCCUACAAACUGGCAAAUAUACACUCAAGCACUGUUAGUCCGAAGUAGAAUCGAAUCUCAUCGGUCAAGGACACAAGAAAGAAGUGUUCUCCAAAUGCAAGUCAUUGUGGACCAGAUCAUCGCCGAUACCCAAGAAGAGGCAACCUCCUCCCCAGAUGAACUUCCGGAAAUCCGAGUAACCCAGUUCCUGCCUCGAGCCCAAGCCUCCGAAUCGGCCCCGGUUCCCGAACGGCUGAAAUACAUAUUUCAACUCAAUACCCCUACAAGGUGGGAACUCGAGACCGAACUUGCUUUCGCCUGGAGUAAUGCGGGAAGUUUCGUCAGCGCGCUUGAGAUUUUCAAGCGUCUGAAGCUGUGGCCAGAAGUAGCUCUAUGCUAUCAUUCCGUCGAUCAAGUGGAAAAGGCACGUCGAAUUGUUCGAAGACAGCUUUACUACUCAUCCAAAGGUCCAGAAAUGGACAACUUCGAUGUGGAUGCCGCCGAAGUGGCUUCCGAGAAAUGGGAUGGCGAGAUGCGAUCUCCUCCACCACCACACGCUCCCCGCCUCUGGUGCAUUCUUGGUGAUAUAGAUAGUGAUCCCGAGUGCUGGGAGCGCGCCUGGGAAAUCUCAAAUCAUCGUUAUGCCCGUGCCCAGCGAACAUUGGGCGAGUACUGGUCCCGAACGGGGGAUCUGGACAAAGCUCGAGAAGCGUACCUUCAAGCCACAAUUGUCAACCGACAGAACAGCGAUUCCUGGUCUCGAUUAGGGGAUAUUGAUCUCCGCGUUGGAAACUGGGAUGGAGCCAUCAUCGCUUUCCAGCAAUCCAUCAUGAUCGACGAUACCGACGCGAAGACAUACAGUAACCUAGGCUCCGCACUACUCUCGAAGCACGCCGAACUCGUCAAACUACAAAAGGUCGCUGGUGCUUUAGGAGAGGAGCAAAAGCCCUUACCUAUUGAAAUCCGAGAUGACGAAGAAAAUAUCUCCCAGCCUAAGGGCAAGAAAGAAACCCCUCAAGAUUUCCUCCGUCAAGCUCUCUCUGCGUAUAAACGAGGUGCCGCCAUCGCAUAUGACAACUGGAAAAUUUGGGACAAUGCCGUCACUAUCGCAUCCCGCAUGAACCCGCCGUCCUUCCCAGAUAUUGUCAUGGGCACAAAAAAUGUCAUCCGCAUUCGGGCCCCCACGGUUGGGGAAGAAGCAAUCGACCUUGACAUCCUACGAGCCCUAAUCGCUGAGGUGAUCACUCGCGACCGAGGAGAGACAGAUUCUGCGACGGGAAUUUAUACACCACCACGAGGCAGUCUCGCCCGCGCCGUAAUCCAAAUGGUGGAAUCAGACAUCGUCCCCCUGAUAACCACACGAGCGGAACUCUGGACGCUGUCCGAAAAACUCGCCCUUUACUGCCGCGACUAUGCGCGUGCGCUCUCAUGCGCAGAGAAGGCAUGGCGUAUGCUCACGCAGAGCGCGGAUGAGGCGUGGCUUACUGAUAGAGAGAAGUGGAAGGAAGUUGUACGUGUUACGGAUGACCUUGUGAGUGCGUACGAGAACUACGGGACAAUGGAGAAGGAAGAUGGGGAGUUGGUUGAGAAGGCGUGGAAAAUGAAGGCGAGGAGCGCUAUUAGGGGGGUUAUGGGAAGGGCGAAGGAUAGUUGGGAGGAUACUGAGGAGUGGGAGACUCUCAAGGAGCUUUUGGCGGGGUUGAAAUCGUGA